CCUCGUGUUCCAUGGCGACAACAACAUUUCUUGUUCUUGGUAAAGUUUUCAUGGCGAAACGCUAUACAAAAUUUGGCUAUGCUGGGUGCCCAACAGACCUGCGUGCACACCGAAGUCAGUAAGAGGUGAUGGACCCAAGGGACACGACCUGAGUUCCGGCAGCGUGUAGCCUUGUGGUCCUUCAACAUCUGCGUUUCUCCACGGCCAGGCUUUGGAUGCUGCAUUUGCUCUGCAUCUAUCACAAGUCGCCGGCAUGGAGCCACAGCCCGGAGUGCUGGACAUUCUGGCUCAGUUCUGCUACCGCCUGCUACACUGUGGCCCACUGAUGGCGCUUUGCAUAAUCACAUUAAUUUUUCGGACCACCAUGUACGUGACAUCAAUGUGGCUCUCGCCGUAUGGUUCAUCGCUCGGCGCCGUCAACCACGCGGUGCUCAUGGGUUGGGUUGUAGCCAUGCUGUACAAUUUCUUCGUGGCCAUCGCUAUAGGACCGGGCUUCGUGCCUCUGAAGUGGAGGCCGGACCAGCCAAGUGACGAGCAGUUCCUGCAAUACUGUGAAAAUUGUGACGGACUUAAGGCACCAAGGUCGCAUCACUGCCGCAAGUGCGAGAGGUGCGUCUUCAAGAUGGACCAUCACUGUCCGUGGAUCAACACUUGUUGCGGGCACCGGAACCAGGCCAACUUCGCACUUUUCUUGUUCUUUGCUCUCUGCGGUAGCGUUCAUGCCUCGGUGCUGUUGACCGAGGGCCUGACUAAAGCCUACCACAGGAAAUAUUACAUGAAUCAAGGUCAAGAGGACAAUCUUGUCUACCUGCGUUUCUUCCCUUUUCUGGCCACGGUGCUGAGCCUGUUCUUGGCCAUUUGCACCAUAUUUGCAGUGGGAAGUAUCUUUUUUAUACAGCUCAAAAAUAUUGUUCGCAACGAGACGACUAUCGAGAAUUGGAUCGUGGCCAAGGCCCGGAUGCGAGAGCGUGAGGGUGAAGACCCCUUUGUCUAUCCAUACGACCUCGGCGUGGCUGAGAACCUGAAGCAGGUCUUUGUGUACCCACUUGGCGACGGCAUUACCUGGCCCGUGGCGACCGGGUGCAACCAGUACGCGCUCACUGUAGAGCAGAUUCUUCAAAAGCGCGACAAGCAGCUACGAGCACGCCUGUACAGUGUGGUGCGCCCAUACAAUGGCUCCUAUUUCCCAAUAUCACAUGGCUGCUCUGUCUGCAUGACCACACCACUCACCGAUGAGCACCGCCUUGUAGUCAGACCUGGUGACCGUGUUCUUGUUAGUCGGUGGCAAACGCACUGGCUUUACGGAAAGUCGGAAAGGGCAAAGUUUCCUACGAAACCUUCACACAGGCUAAAGGGCUGGUUUCCACGGCAAUGUGCAGUUGAAGUGGUUGGCAGUCAGGGAAGCCGUAGCUGCACAGAGGCAUCGUCAAGCUACGCCGACCACAGGAAGUGCAAGUGAAACGUGCUGUCACAUCACUGCGCUCCUCCAACCUCCAUUGUCUGCCAAGCGUAGCUGCCAAAAUUCAGACCAGACAAGAUUUCUUCCCUCCAUUGGGCACCUGUCCCUGUUCCUCGCGGACGGACUCGGCUGCUCCCAAGUUAGUUGUAGAAGCCAUUAACAAAAUAACUUUUUGUCACUUAGCCUUUCUAAAUGGGGAGAGCGGGAUUGGAGUUCCGAAUGAUGAUGGCAUGCCUUCCCGGGACACCGCUGUCGUCAGUCAUCUUCUGUUUUCAAGAGGCAGAAUGCGAAGGGAUUGCCCAUAACAUUAACAAAUUAUGUCAAAGAUGUGUGCGGCUGCGAACGCAAAGAUUAUUUCUUAUAAGUGAUAUUAUUUUCUUAAACAAAAAGCUAAGCUUCUCGACAUUCACUCUGUAUAGGAAAUGAUCGUGAGAAUCGGUCCUUCCUCAAAUCACUAAGACUUCCCAGUAACAUUACAAUGAAUCCUGAAUGUCGUUGUACCCCCGCAAAAUACAAACACUUAUUCAAGCUA